AUGGGGGGUGAAAAUAGAGAUCCCGAAAACCCCUCGGGAUUUUUAGAGGCGGCCACUGUAGAGUGCCCUUUCCAGAAAUUAGAUUGGACAACUGAUACAGCGGUCUGGAUUGAUCAGUGGCCACUAAGAAAAGAUAAAUUAAAGGCGCUCAACAAACUCAUGGAGGAGCAAUUAGCUAAAGGGAACAUAGUCGAGACAACCAGCCCUUGGAAUUCCCCAGUCUUUGUAAUCUGUAAGCCGGGGAAAGACAAGUGGCAUCUCUUUCAUGACCUUCGUGAAAUCAACAAGGUCAUUGUAGACAUGGUACCUCUCCAACCCGGAAUGCCUACCCCAACCAUGCUCCCACGAGAUUGGAAAUUGGCAAUUAUUGAUAUUAAAGACUGUUUUUUUCAAAUUCCCCUGCACCCUGACGAUGCCCCAUGGUUUGCCUUCUCGGUGCCCACCCUUAACCGAGAAGCCCCAGUGAGGAGAUUCCACUGGCAAGUGUUGCCACAAGGCAUGAAGAACUCGCCCACCAUUUGGCAGUGGUAUGUUUCCUCAUUGCUGUCUCCCGUCUGCGCCAAAGUGGGGGAGGCCAUCAUCCACUACUAUAUGGAUGAUGUCCUUGUGUGUGCCCCCCAUGACAAUCUACUGAGACGUGCGCUUGACCUGGUGGUUGAUGUUCUAACCUCUGCAGGAUUUCAGCUCCAGGAAGAGAAAGUUCAAAGGAUGCCACCCUGGAAAUAUCUGGGCCUACAGAUCGCUGAGAGGACCAUUGUUCCUCAAAACUUGGCUAUUAACAGCGAUACGAGAAAUCUGGCAGACCUCCACUCUCUGUGUGGGACCUUAAACUGGGUCAGGCCUUGGCUGGGCCUCCCCACUGAGGACCUAGCCCCCCUCUUCAUAUUAUUGAAGGGGGAGAAGGAGCUGAGUUCUUCCAGGUCUCUGACUCCAGAGGCACGGAAAGCCCUGGAAAAGGUACAGGAUACACUAGUGGAGAGGCAGGAACAUAGGUACGAGCCGAACCUGCCAUUUGAGUUUAUUGUUUUGGGAAAUCUGCCACACCUGUUUGGGCUUAUUUAUCAAUGGGACCAGGACUCAAGGGACCCACUCUUGAUCAUAGAGUGGGUUUUCCUAAGUCACCAGAGGUCCAAAAGUAUCACGAGGCCACAAGAGUUGAUGGCUCAGCUUAUCAGGAAGGUCAGGGCAAGGCUUUGGGAGAUGGCUGGGUGUGGCUUCACAUGCAUAUGGGUACCAGUUAGUCUGUCUCGGGAUAAGGCGUCCCCAGACAAACUAACUAAGGAGAUGUUUAACCAACUGCUGCAGGAAAAUGAGACUCUCCAGAUUGCUUUGGGUAGCUACUGUGGACAGGUUUCAGUCCACGCCCCUGCCCAUAAAUUAUUUAAUUCAAAAUUUAAUGUGAUUCCCAAGGAAAUUGGGAGCAAGAAACCUCUCAAGGCUGUGACAAUUUUUACUGACACAUCCAGAGCAUCCCACAAGUCAGUGAUGACUUGGAAGGAUCCUCAGACUCAGCAGUGGGAAACGGAUAUUAAGUAUGUGGAGGGAUCUCCACAAGUUGCUGAGUUAGCUGCAUUCGUCAGGGCCUUUGAGAGGUUCCCUGAACCAUUUAAUUUGGUGACCGAUUCGGCCUAUGUAGCAGGGGUAGUAGCAAGAGCAGAAAAUGCAAUAUUAAAGGAAGUUUUAAAUCCUCAGCUUUUUGAGCUGCUUUCAAAACUAAUAUAUGCCGUUUCUCACCGAAAGCAGCCUUUCUUUGUCAUGCAUGUAAGAUCACACACAGAGCUCUCUGGCCCGGUGGCCGAGGGGAAUGAAAGUGCAGAUUCCCUUGCAGCCCCUGUGGAGAUGACCCAGCUUCCUGAUGUAUUCCAACAGGCCAAACUGAGUCAUCAAAUGUUCUAUCAGAAUGUACCUGGCCUGGUCCGCCAGUUCCAUCUAAGGCGGGAUCAGGCCAAGGCCACUGUGGCCACAUGCCCACAAUGUCAAUCGGCAGCAAUGCCACCUCUGGGCUCGGGGGUUAACCCCCGAGGUCUGGGGAGCUGUUAA